AUGCACGACGAAGACAACCCGAGCAUCCUCACCGUUCCUAAUGGCUACCCGCGCGGCCGGGACGUCAACUUGCUCGCAAACGAUAUUCCCAGCUACCACGAACCAGCGCGCGUCGCUCUCGUUACAGGCGCAGGCCAGGGUAUCGGGCGCGCCAUCGCGCUCCGCCUCGCACAGGACGGCCUCGACGUCGCGAUCAGCGAUAUCGCCACGAAUGCGGACCGCCUGAGAGAGACGGCACGCAUCGUGAAGAUACACUCCGGCCGCAGGUGUGUUGCGCUGCACGCGGACGUCGCGAAGGAGGACGAUGUGCGCGCCAUGGUCAAUCGCGUUCUAGACGAGAUGGGUAGCCUGGAUGUGAUGGUCGCCAACGCAGGCAUCGCCAUUCUCGAGCCCCUGGUAGAAUCACGGCUCAGCGCCUGGGAGCAGACGUUCGCCAUAAAUGUACACGGCGUGAUGCUCUGCUACAAGUACGCCGCGCGCGCGAUGAUCGGGCAGGGCCGCGGCGGGCGGCUCAUCGGUGCAUGCUCGAUUGCGGGCAAGCGCGGCGACCCCAACUCGGCCGCGUACUGCGCGAGCAAGUUUGCCGUGCGCGGGCUGUCGCAGAGCGCGGCGAUUGAGCUUGCGCCGUAUGGGAUCAACGUGAACUGCUAUGCGCCGGGCGCAAUCCACACCGAAUUUUUGGAUAAGGUGGAUGAGAAGUACACGAAAGAGGAAGGGAAGGAGAGGGGCGCGUACAUCAAGAAACGUGCGGAAGCCAUUCCGUUAGGCAGGAUCGGCACCCCCGAUGACGUUGCGUCUCUUGUGUCAUUCCUGGCUGGCCCGGACUCUAAAUUCAUUACUGGCCAGGCGAUUAUAGUGGACGGUGGCACUCUAUUUGACUGA